UCUGAAGUACAUAAGAAAACAUGCACACAGUUCCACGCAUGUUCAAAGAUGGUGUUUUGGUCCUGCCCCUAAUCCUUCUUAUUGGUGGUUUUCAACAUUAAAUAAUAUGACAGGUGACUAUAAUAGAUGAUGUAAACACAGACAUUCACUCAGAAAAGUAGUUAACCAUGAGGUCUUCUCUCAACUCCUACUACUGCAUUCUAAACCUGUUGUUGUACUGCUCUUCCUCUUCCUCUCUGUAUUCAUCCUCAUGUCACCUGCAGGGACAGUUUCAUCUCAAUGAGCUGCACAAAACUGGAGACGUUGUCCUUGGUGGACUGUUUCAAGUUCAUUUCUUUUCUGAUUACUCUGAUUUGUCUUUCACUUCAGAGCCACCACAGCCUAUCUGCCACGGUUUUGAUAUUACAGGAUUCAGAUUGGCUCAGACCAUGGCCUUUGCUGUUGAUGAGAUUAACAGAAACCCCAACCUUUUGCCUAAUGUGACUCUGGGAUACAGCAUACGUGAUAACUGCAUCGAAGUGAAGAUAGCAUUGCGAGCUGCACUGUCCUUGGCAAAUGGUCAGGAGAAAAAUGUAAAGUUAGAGAGAACCUGUGAAGGAACUCCUUUAGUCCUAGGAAUUGUAGGUGAUUCCUCUUCUACACACACUAUUACCAUCUCCAGGAUCUUAGGUUUGUACAGAGUACCACUGGUCAGUUAUUUUGCAACGUGUUCUUGUCUUAGUGACACACAGAUGUUUCCAUCUUUUUUCAGGACAAUUCCAAGUGAUUCAUUUCAGGUGCGUGCUAUGAUUCAGAUUCUAAAACACUUUGGUUGGACUUGGGCAGGUCUGCUCAUCAGUGAUGAUGACUAUGGGGUCCAUGCAGCCCGAUCCUUUCAGUCUGAUCUAGGUCCAAUUGCUGGAGGAUGUCUGGCUUAUACAGAGAUUUUGCCAUGGACAAAUGAUCGUACUGAACUGAAGAGAAUAGUUAAUGUGAUGAGGAAAUCAACAGCACGUGUGGUCAUUGUGUUUGCACAUCAGGCUCAUAUGCUCAAUCUCAUGGAAGAGGUGAUAAGGCAGAAUGUGACAGGCCUGCAGUGGAUGGCCAGUGAAGCUUGGACAUCAGCUGCUGUGCUACAGGCACCUCACCUCAUGCCAUACCUGGGUGGAACCCUAGGCAUUGCCAUCCGUCGAGGAGAAAUCCCCGGUCUCAAGAAUUUUCUGUUAAAAAUACGCCCUGAUCUAAAAUAUAAUAACAGCAAUGGAAACAACUUGGUGAAUCAAUUUUGGGAACACACAUUCCAGUGCAGAUUUUCACCAACUCCAGCAGGUUGGAUAGAAGAUGGAGGAGCAUUAUGCACUGGACAGGAGGUAUUAGAGGAUGAAGUAGCUGAGGAAUUCUUGGAUGUUUCAGACCUCAGACCAGAGUAUAAUGUGUAUAAGGCAGUGUAUGCUCUGGCACAUGCUCUUGAUGACAUGCUGCAGUGUGAGCCAGGAAGAGGACCUUUCAGUGGAGACACCUGUGCUCAUUUACAAAGACUAGAACCAUGGCAGCUUUUGCACUAUUUGCAACAAGUCAACUUCACCACACCAUUUGGUGAUCAAGUGUCAUUCGAUGAGAAUGGUGACGCCUUACCAAUAUAUGACAUCAUGAACUGGUCAUGGCUGCCUGAUGGAAGGACUAAAGUUCAAAAUGUUGGUGAGGUCAAAAGGUCAUCCUUGAAAGGUGAAGAACUCACUCUGGAUGAAGAUAAAAUCUUCUGGAAUUUUGAUCCUAAAAAGCCUCCUCGGUCAGUUUGUAGUGACAGCUGUCCUCCAGGUACUCGCAUGGCCCGAAAAAAAGGGCAACCUGACUGUUGUUUUGACUGUGUACCUUGUUCUGGGGGAAAGAUCAGCAAUGCAACCAAUUCCAUGGAGUGCAUCAGUUGUCCAGAAGAUUUCUGGUCCAACAUCCAGAAUGACCACUGUGUUCCUAAGAAAACAGAGUUCCUCUCCUACCAUGAACCUCUUGGUAUCUGUUUGACAGUUACCUCUGUACUCGGCUCAUUCAUUUGUAUGUCUGUGUUCAUUAUUUUUGUUCAUUAUCGCAGCACACCUAUCGUUCGUGCUAACAACUCUGAACUUAGUUUUCAGCUGUUGAUGUCACUCAAGCUGUGUUUCCUUUGCUCGUUGCUCUUCAUUGGACCACCCAGAUUAUGGACAUGCCAACUUAGACAUGCAGCAUUUGGCAUCAGCUUUGUGCUUUGUAUCUCAUGUAUCCUGGUAAAGACUAUGGUGGUUCUGGCUGUAUUCAGAGCCUCUAAACCUGGAGGUGAAGCCAGUAUGAAGUGGUUUGGUGCUGCUCAGCAGAGAGGAACAGUUCUUGUUCUGACCUCAGUACAAGCAGCAAUCUGCACUGUUUGGCUUGUCUCUGCUUCACCAGCUCCUCAUAAAAACACCCAGUAUCACAGUGACAAGAUAGUGUAUGAAUGUGCCAUUGGCUCCACUGUUGGUUUUGGAAUCUUACUUGGUUAUAUUGGUUUAUUAGCCAUUCUUAGUUUUGUGUUAGCUUUUUUGGCAAGAAAUCUUCCAGACAGUUUCAACGAGGCCAAGUUCAUUACUUUCAGCAUGCUAAUCUUCUGUGCAGUGUGGGUGGCCUUCAUUCCUGCCUAUAUCAACUCUCCAGGCAAAUAUGCAGAUGCCGUGGAGGUGUUUGCCAUCCUGGCCUCUAGUUUUGGCCUAUUAGUAGCACUGUUUGGACCCAAAUGUUAUAUUAUCUUGUUGAGGCCUGAGAGAAACACAAAGAAAGCCAUAAUGGGUCGAAACAAUCACUCUAAUAAUUAAAUAAGAGCUAAUAAUUAUUUCAUUUUAAAAUGAGAAAAAGUAUCAAAAUGUAAAUAUAGUCAUGUCAUGAAUUUUUGAGUUGUAGUCAAGGUAUAUUGCAGUAAAUAUCAUAUCUUUGUGCUUAAUAAAAUAAACUUCAUAAAUCAUAAACGAAAUUAAGUGAGAAUUGAGUCUUUAAUGGUGACACCUAUAUUACAUAGAUUCAUAAGCUAAACAACUGAACACAUUGAUACUUAUCAGUACUUAUUACUAUUAGUAGCACAUUUUGAACUAAGUAUGACAACAGUCUUUACACAUUAAUUCUCAUUUUUAUAUUCACUCUCCUACUGACUUUUGCUAUGGCCUAUAAAUUGCUACAAAUUGUUGGCAAUGUGAAGAAAUAAAUAUAAAGAUAUUUACACCUUUAGGUCAUAGUCAAAUUCUGUGGCAAAACCUAGGAAAGGGUAUCAUAACCAGCUGUACAACCCCCCAUCCUCUUCAUGGAAAUGAACCUCCUACUAACAGCAGUGGAGAAAGAA